AGGUGAUUCGAGACUGUAAUAAAAUCGUUACGUUAGUAGUUUUUUUUUUCUUCUGCGUUUUCAUUCAUUUUCUAUGUUAUUUUACACAAGUUUUUUUUUCUCUCGUUAUUAUUAGUUUAACUCGCUAUAUAAGAUAAAUAAUUCUCGUUCGCGAGUUUUUAAUUUAAACCGAAUACACAUAAGCAAAAAUGUUCUCCUUCAAAAUGCGGUGAUUUUUAACCUCGCUGAAGCUUUUUCUUCGCAAAGAAUUUCUAAUUAGUUUGGCGUAUUCGAGCGAACUGUUUCAAUAAAAUGUCGUCUGUCAAGGUAGCCGUCAGGGUACGUCCCUUCAAUAAUAGGGAAAUUCUAAGGGAAUGCAGAUGUAUUAUUGAGAUGUCCGGAUAUACGACCACUAUUUACAAUCCUAAAGCACCUCCUGGAUCGAAAGAAGGUUCCAAAAGCUUCAACUUCGAUUAUUCGUAUUGGUCUCACGAUAACGAUGAUCCUAAUUUCGCGUCGCAACCUAUGGUUUAUAAAGAUAUUGGCGAAGAAAUGUUGGACCAUGCUUUCGAAGGUUACAACGUCUGUAUAUUCGCUUACGGCCAAACUGGAGCUGGUAAAUCGUAUACGAUGAUGGGUCGUCAAGAUGAAGAAGAUCAGGAAGGUAUAAUUCCUCAAAUCUGUAAAGAUCUCUUUUAUAAAAUCAAAAAUACCCAAAACGAUAACGUCAAAUAUAACGUCGAAGUGAGUUUCAUGGAAAUAUAUUGCGAACGUGUUCGUGAUUUACUCAAUCCUAAAAAUAAGGGUAAUCUGCGAGUACGAGAGCAUCCUUUACUAGGACCUUACGUCGAAGACUUAUCUAAACUAGCCGUCACAUCGUAUAAAGAUAUUCACGAGUUGAUCGACGAAGGCAAUAAGGCCAGAACCGUAGCUGCAACAAACAUGAACGAAACGUCCAGCAGAUCACAUGCUGUGUUUACAAUAUUUUUUACCCAGCAACGUUUCGAUCGUAUGACUCAACUGACGACUGAAAAAGUUAGCAAAAUUUCUCUAGUCGAUUUGGCCGGAUCAGAAAGAGCUGAUUCGACUGGUGCCAAAGGUACCAGGUUAAAAGAAGGUGCCAAUAUUAAUAAAUCUUUGACUACGUUGGGCAAAGUCAUUUCUGCUUUGGCCGAAGUGCAAUCGGCGAAAAAGAAAAAGAAAACCGAUUUCAUUCCGUACAGAGAUUCUGUGCUGACUUGGCUUCUCAGAGAGAACCUCGGUGGUAACUCGAAGACAGCUAUGAUCGCCGCCAUUAGUCCGGCUGAUAUUAAUUUCGACGAAACUUUAUCUACAUUGAGGUACGCCGAUCGUGCCAAACAAAUCGUCUGCAAAGCUGUUGUUAAUGAAGAUGCAAACGCUAAAUUAAUCAGAGAACUUAAAGAAGAAAUACAAAAACUAAGGGAUCUCUUGAAAGCAGAAGGAAUUGAUGUGUCCGAAGGUCCAGGUAAUGGAAUAAUUUGCAUCAAGACAAAAGGAUCUAAUAAACAUCGUAAUGGAGGUUUGAAAAUGAUCAAAGGCAGCGACGAAGGUGAAUCUGAUAAAUACAGCAAACAAUCCCUCGCAGAAGAAGCUGUCGACCAGUUGCAAGCUAGUGAAAAACUUAUCGCUGAACUUAACGAAACGUGGGAAGAGAAGCUCAAGAGGACGGAGGAAAUUCGUAUUCAGAGGGAAGCAGUUUUCGCUGAAAUGGGUGUUGCUGUGAAAGAAGAUGGCAUCACCGUUGGCGUUUUCUCACCCAAGAAAACCCCUCAUCUAGUCAAUUUGAACGAAGAUCCUCUGAUGUCCGAAUGCUUGAUUUAUUACAUCAAAGAAGGCGUUACCAAAGUCGGUUCCGGUAAAAAUGUUCCUCAAGAUAUUACCCUCUGCGGUUCUCACAUCUUACCCGAACACUGCGAAUUUGAGAACACCGACGGAGUCAUUACUCUAGUCCCUUUUAAAGAUGCAACCUGCUACGUCAACGGUCAAGAAAUCAAGUCACCGGUUGUGUUGAAAACCGGUUCCCGGGUCAUUCUAGGAAAAAAUCACGUUUUCCGUUUUACUCAUCCUGAGCAAGCUCGAGUUAAUCGUGAAAAUAUCAAGAAUGCUCCUGAGAAAUAUAUUUCCAUCGAAGAAAAAGAAAAAUGUUCACCAAUCGGUACACCGAAUAAUGGAGAAACAGCGGAUUGGAAUUUCGCUCAAAUUGAACUUCUUGAAAAACAAGGAAUCGAUCUAAAACUAGAAAUGCAACAACGAUUGAACGCACUCGAAACUCAAUUUAGAAAAGAAAAAGAAACAGCUGAUCAGAUUUUCGAAGAACAACGCAAAAAUUACGAAGCUAGAAUAGACGCUUUACAGAAGCAAGUCGAAGAGCAAAGUAUGACUAUGUCUAUGUACAGUUCUUAUACUCCGGAAGAUUUUAACAACGAGGAAGAUAUUUUUGUUAAUCCUUUGUUCGAUGCUGCUUGCAAUUGGACAGAUAGAGAAUGUGCUUUGGCAGCGUGGGCUUUCCGAAAAUGGAAGUAUCAUCAGUUUACUUCGUUGAGAGAUGAUUUGUGGGGUAACGCGAUCUUCUUGAAAGAAGCAAAUGCUAUAUCAGUUGAGCUGAAGAAGAAGGUCCAGUUUCAAUUUACCCUUUUGACGAACACUUUGUACAGUCCUCUACCAGCAGAUUUCCUAUCGGUAGCUCAAGACGACGACAUCUACGACGAAGAACGCCCCUUCCCUAAAACCAUCGUAGCGGUCGAAGUGCUCGACACGAAAAAUGGCGCCACUCAUUACUGGACGUUGGAAAAACUAAGAACUCGGUUGGAAUUAAUGCGGAAUAUUUAUAACGAGGACUUAGAUUGUUCCUCCACCCCCGAACAACUGAUCAAAGAGGAUUUCCUUCAAUGUUUUACUAACAGCGCCUACCAACCGUCUUGUUUCCUUUCGCAUCUAUUGCCAUCCAGACAAAGAUUGGAAUUGAUGCGUGAAAUGUAUCACAAUGAAGCCGAAUUAUCGCCUACUUCGCCAGAUUUUAAUAUCGAAUCGUUGACCGGAGGUGAUCCGUUUUACGAUCGGUUCCCAUGGUUUAGAAUGAUCGGAAGAUCUUUCGUGUACUUGAGCAACUUAUUGUAUCCAGUCCCGUUAAUUCAUAAAAUCGCCAUCGUUAACGAGAAAGGAGACGUAAAAGGAUACCUACGUGUUGCUGUUCAGGCAGUUUCCGGGGACGAAGUUAUCGAUAAUUCCAGCGGAGUACGACAAUCGGCUAAAAUUGUUUUCGACGAUGAUUUCCUAUCUCCUGUCGUUCGAAAUGCUAAGAAAGCUCCGGGUCGAGUUUUUGACGAUCGUAUUAUCGAAGGACAGCACGAAAAACAAGAAGAAAUUGAAGGCGAUGGUGAUAGCGGACGUGGUGAUAGUAAUGCGUCUUGUAAUUCAGAUUCCAAAGAAGAAGAAUUUCCGGACCAUUUAAUGAUUGAUAAAGAAUUUACCUUCAGAGUAACUAUUUUACAAGCGUUGGAUAUACCUUCUGAAUAUGCGGAUGUGUUUUGCCAAUUCAACUUUUUGCAUCGUCAUGAUGAAGCUUUCUCAACAGAACCGUUGAAAAAUACAGGAAACGGAGCUCCAUUAGGAUUUUAUCACGUGCAAAAUAUUACAGUUUCGGUGAAUCGAUCAUUCAUCGAGUACAUUAAAUGCCAACCAAUCAUGUUCGAAGUAUUUGGUCACUAUCAACAGCAUCCACUGCAUAGAGAUUCGAAGCAAGAAAGCACCUUCGUUAGACAACCACCUAAAAGAAUGUUACCGCCAUCUAUACCAAUCAGUCAACCAGUUCGAUCGCCCAAAUUUGGCCUACUACCUUCUCCCUGCACUUCGCAAGUUUAUGCCAAAUACGACGUUUUGGUUUGGUUCGAAAUUUGCGAACUAGGACAAAAUGGCGAAUAUGUGCCUUGCGUUGUGGAUCAUAGCGACGAAUUACCUUGUCGAGGAUUAUUCUUACUUCAUCAAGGUAUCCAAAGACGUAUCCGAGUUACUAUCGUACACGAACAUACCACCGAAUUACAGUGGAAAGAUAUUCGCGAACUAGUAGUCGGACGUAUUAGAAACACUCCGGAAUCAGAAGACGACGAAGAUACGGACGGGUCCGUUUUAUCUCUCGGAUUAUUCCCAGGCGAGUACCUCGAAAUACCGGGAGAUGAUCGGAGCAUGUUCCGUUUCGAAGCAGCGUGGGAUAGCUCGUUGCAUAAUUCACCUCUUCUCAAUCGUAUUUCUGCCAACGGAGAACAAAUCUUUAUUACGAUUUCGGCAUAUUUAGAAUUGGCGAAUUGCGGAAGACCAGCCAUAAUAACCAAAGAUCUCAGCAUGGUGGUUUACGGCAGAGAUGCCAGAACCGGACCUCGUUCGCUUAAACACCUCUUCUCCGGUAAUUAUCGUAACAUGGAAGCUAAUCGUCUGUCCGGAGUGUACGAACUUGUAUUGAAGAGAGCAUCCGAAGCAGGUAGUCCAGGAGUUCAAAGGAGACAACGUAGAGUGCUCGAUACGAGCUCGACGUAUGUUCGAGGCGAAGAAAAUCUUCACGGUUGGAGACCUCGUGGAGAUAGUCUAAUAUUCGAUCAUCAAUGGGAACUGGAAAAAUUGACUCGUCUCGAAGAAGUAGAAAAAGUACGACACAUGUUAUUGCUUCGAGAACGUCUCGGUUUAGAUAAAACUACAAUCAGUAAAUCAGAGAAAGAAGUUUGCAACAUGGUGGCCAAAGCAGCCAUCGAUGGACGAAGUGGUAUUUUAACGUUGAGAACUGCUGCAAAUCCUGUCGAUCCUAAAGUAUACGAACCUUGGGAAAUGACCGAAAGAGAACGAGACUUGACUACGAAAUGUGUUAAACUUAUUCAAGGACGAAUACCUGCUAAAGAAUUCCGUAAACCAAACGAUGCAUCUCCGAUGGACGAUGCUCAAGAAAUGAAUACUAGUUUAUUAACCGUCAGUAGCCAUUCGUCGAAUCAAGAUUUAAUUUCACCCGAUAAAGAUAAAUUAUUCUGCGGAAAUAUGUCCGAUUCGUUUUAUUACGGUCAAGAUCCGACUACUUCGUCGGCCUUGAAAUCUGCCCCAGAACAAGAAGAACUCGUGUUGUAUAUUCCAGAAAUAGAAGAAAUUCGAAUUAGCCCUAUUGUAGCUCGUAAAGGAUUCUUGAAUGUUUUAGAACAGAAAUUAAACGGAUGGAAAAAACGUUGGGUGGUUGUUCGACGCCCUUAUGUAUUUAUAUUCAGAGAAGAAAAGGAUCCCGUUGAAAGAGCUUUAAUUAAUUUAACUACUGCUCAAGUUGAUUACUCGGAACAUCAACUGGAGAUGGUUAAAGUACCGAAUUCAUUUAGUGUUGUAACCAAACAUCGCGGAUAUCUUAUGCAGACUCUUAGUGAUAAAGAAGUACACGAAUGGUUGUACGCGAUUAAUCCUCUACUUGCUGGACAAAUCAGAUCUAAACUAUCACGACGUGUUCCUACAUCACCAGCUCCUCUACAAGCACCGCCUUCAUUUAUAGAGGAACCUGUUGUCGAAACAACUACGGAUAAAUAAACCAGCUUGGGCUUUUUUUAAAAUUCAAAUCUAAACCAAAAACAAAAAAAAACAUUAUUUUUAGGAGCUUCGCAUAAACAACAACUUAUUAGCCGUUACUUGUUACCGACAUUUUUAUUUAUUUAUUUUUGGAGUAUUAACGAUGAUAAUACUUAUAUGAAUUUGUACCGUUAUAUAUUUUAGUUUUCAGCUUGUUUUUGUUUCUUUUAUUGAUUUUUAUUUUUGAUUGUUAUUUAAAUUGUGAUCUUUUAAGCAUUAUUUUCAUUUUAUUUUAUUUUUCUAUCACAUUGUUUCUUUUCCUACACUGUUCUUUGUUCAGCUGCGAGUAUUUUGUAAAUUUAUUAAGAAAACGAUAUUGUAUAUUUUCCGUCCUCGAUAUUGGAAAAACAACGAGUAGAGAACGAUCGUCACUUUUAGUUAACCUUUCAACUAAAAUACGUUUACAAAAUACUCUCAUUUAUUAUAUUUUAUUAAUCAAUUGUGAUUAUUCAAAACUGAUUGAUUGCGGUUAAAAUAUGUACCUACCUAUUUGAAAAUUUUUCUUUAUAUUUUUUCCUUUUUUGUUUUUGUCUAAUUUAAGCAAUAAUACUCGUCGCAAAUACUACAACGUAUUUAACCAUAUAUUUAUAAAAGAAAAAAAUGUCUAUUAAAUUAUGGUUGUUGAUAAGGAAUUCUAUAUAAAAGAGUGUUGUAGGUUGUAUGAAUUUUAAAACAAAUAAUAAAUCUCCCAAGCCCCCAGUUACAUACCUAUGCGAAUAUUUUUUGAAAAAUACAUACAGUUCAAGGUUGUGUAUUAAACAGUUUUCCAUAGAGUAAACGCAUUUUUAACCUUCCACCUUUAUUAGAUUUAAGCCUAUAAAGAUUUUACUUAAAUGUUACUCGAAACAUUCCAUUUGAAGGAAUUUUUUUUUAUUUUAAUUUUUAAAACUUCGCGAUCUGUACCUUUUACCUAUCAACCACAUCCGUACAAUCAACCCUCGGAUUUUAUUUUCUCCGAAUGAGAGGUUAUAUUACGUUUUAAUCAAAAUUGUUAUCGACAUCUGUUUUUUUUUUAAAAAAAGGAUCAUUUGUGCAAAAUUGACUAUAAUUUUUUUUUUUUAGUUUACCUUGAAAAAAAAGAGUUCCUUUUUGAAAUGAUCCUUUUUUUCUUUUUUCGUGUAUCUUCUAGUCAUUUAAUUUUUUUUUGUGUGUGUUUAUGUGUGGUAAUAUGUAUACAUCUUUUUUUUCUUUUUUUUUUUUUUUGAUGGCAAAUAUUCAAAAUUUAGAAAUUUUUUUACCUAUUUGUUUUAUACCAAAAAAUCACAGUCUUGUUACGAAUGUGUAAUUUUUUGUAAUCGUGCGACUUAUGUAGGUACCUACUUAGAAGCACGUGUAUUUUAUUUAUGUAAAAUAUUAUGUUGUUUACGUAUUAUUGUAACGAGGUUAUCGUUAAUGUGAAGCAAAUUAAAUAAAUGCUUUAUGUUUGCUGAAAAUAUUGUAAACAAAGUGCCCAUUUUUAUUUUCGAUGCAUGUAUGUGUAUUUUUUCGUUAACAUGUUAUCAAAAUUUUUAAAAUUAAACCACCUCAUAUUCGCUGUGAAA